GAGUGUGCAUUUUUUCCUCCAACAACUUGACUACACAGACACACCACAAGCGUGCGUGAAGGUUGGCGGGCAACAGACUUUAAAAAAACAAAACAAGGAAAACAUGGAGGAUUACUAUUACCAAGACAACCAGGAUUUUAACCACAACGACAGUUACGACUACAGCUACGACCACUCAGUGUGCGACAAAGAGACGGUGCGCUCCUUCGCUGGUGUGUUCCUCCCGGUCAUCUAUUCGCUAGCUCUGGUGGUGGGCCUGGCGGGGAACGCUCUGGUGGUGGUGGUAUACGCGUCCCGCUCCCGCCUGCGCACCUUGACCGACGUGUGCAUCCUGAACCUGGCCGUGUCGGACCUGUUGCUGCUAGUCACGCUGCCCUUCUGGGCGGCGGACGCGGUGCACGGUUGGAGGCUGGGCUCGCCCGCCUGCAAGCUGACAUCGUUUCUCUACAGUGCCAACUUCAGCUGCGGUAUGCUGCUUCUGGCGUGUAUCAGCGUGGACCGCUAUCGGGCAGUGGUUCACAGGUCGACUGGUCGGACCGUCCGUGGUCCCAGGGUGUGGAAACAGUGGAUCUUGGUCUGCUUGGCCUUGUGGGUGGUGGCCAUCUUUCUGGGGCUCCCUGAACUUGUUUUCUCCACGGUGAAGCAUUCCCACUACAGGAUGUUCUGCACCGCCGUGUACCCGCCAAGCAUGGGCCGCCCGGCGAAAGCUACCCUGGAACUUCUGGAGGUGACCCUCCGGUUUGUGCUACCUUUUCUGGUGAUGCUAGUGUGCUACAGCUUGGUCGGUCGAGCCCUAAGCCGAGCACCAGGGGUGCAGAGAGGUAAAAAAUGGCGGACCCUGCGCGUUCUGUUAGCGGUGGUGGCCGUCUUCCUGCUGACACAACUUCCCUACAACGCGGUGAAGCUGUGCCGAGCGCUGGACAUCAUCUACAUGCUCGUGACCGACUGCGAAGUCAGCAAGGGUCUGGAUCACGCCUUGCAGGUGACCGAAAGCCUAGCGCUAACCCACGCCUGUAUAAAUCCGCUCCUCUACACCUUCAUCGGGUCCUCCUUUCGGGGACAUGUUCUCAAAACUGCCAAGCAUCUUGGACAGCAACUCGGGGGACACCCCAGACGAGAGGACGGCGAGCCGGCGGUGGAGAUCGCGCUCAAUACGCGCAAUCAAAACCAUUCGCAGUCUGGUUCCGAGGAACCGGACACCAGCACCUUCAGUAUGUAAAGGAUAAAGUAUAGCUAGACACUAAUUUGCAAUAGAUUACUUUUUAGUCCUGAGAAGAGAUCAAUACUAUUUGGGUCCCUGACCAAUAAAGGAGCAUUUUUGUUCUCAGAAUAAGUAGUCACCGCUAAAGUGGUGAACCAUCUACAGCUAUUCAGGUGGAUAGGGCCUGAGUAGUGCGAGACUAGAAAGAUGCUAGGUUAACUGUUAGAUAAUCGGGUAUCUAAACUGAGUUUGCAAAAUCUUAUCAAUUUUAUUGUGUUGAAUCACUCAGGUUACGUCACGAAAAAGACAACACAGUUUACGUUUUAUGACACAAUCAUUGCUAGCACUUGAGGUUUAGCAUGCAAAGAUCAGGAAGAGAUUUUACAAUUGUAAAUUUGCGUGGGAAAAGAAAAUCACUUUUAGAGCACUUUAGAAUAUUUCAUUCAGAAAUAUCUUAAACGAGCGUCUGAAAAAUGGGGGAAAUUACCAAAUUUAGGGAAGGGUGUGACUCAUGUAUGGUUGAGUUUGGAAAAGUUGACUAUUUGAGAAGUACUGAAGCAUGGUUAUCUACACCUGUCCCUUGUUGGUUCUUAUUUUCAGAAUUUUAAAUGUGUGAGACUGAGCGAGUGUCAUGUCACAGCUGGCAGACUGAAACCUUCUAUGUCUGAAUUUGGAGAAUUUCUGUUUUUUUCACAAACUGAUACAAGUAGUCCCUGCGUGAGUAUGCUGUUUUUCCAAAGUAAAUAGCUUGAUCUCCUCGAUGAUGCAAUGUUAACACCUGAACAAACAUUUUAUUUUUGGUUUCCUGAAAAGUGACGUUUUUGGAGAGGCGAGGUUUCCGGCAGACAACAGAGAUGUUGAGCAUGUAGACAAGACUUUUCGUACAUAAAUUGUUUAUAAGAAAAGGCUAACCCUUGUGUCAUGUCCAAUGCUUAAUUUUUAAAUCCUAAGGUGCCGGAACGCAAAGUACAUAUGACAGCGCAGGGAUGAUGACACGGGGACAGGUCCCGGAACAUAUGCAGAAAAUGGUGCUGAAAACAAAACGCAAAUGCCUGCCCACUUGCCAUGCUGCAGGACUUUUUUUUCUUUCUUUUCACUGUGCUUUUCUGACUCGUUUUGAACCAUCUUCCUUCUUUUUGAAAAAAGACAGUGAAUGCAACUGUCUUUUUGACAUGUUGAAAUACCGUUUGAUCCUGGCUGCUUGCGCCCCAGAUGCCGCAAAUUUCAAGUUAUUUUUUUUUCAUGUCAGGGGCGUGAUUUGUUGGUCCAGCUUUUCAGUGCGUCAACAAUUGUCCGACUCUUUCAAAUGACGUUAAAUUUUUAUAAACAACAUGCAAAUCUUGGGGUUUGUUGUGCAAAUGAAAUUAUGCAUAUUAUUAUUUUUCUUUAUACUGUAAUGUCUGUAACUGUGCAUUAUAUUCUGAUAUGAUUUCCGAGGCACCCUGAACUGCACGCAAUGUUACUGUUGUUUUGGUCAUGUGAUGCGGGAGUGCGACAGAGAGGCACAGCCUGCCGAGAGCCCCAAGCUGUGUUCUUACUGUCAGCUCUAUGUGUUAAUAAAGAAACAAAGUUGUCAGCACA